AUGACAAGAAGAUAUUGGAACAUUAAUUUAGAAGAGAUGAUGGAGGCCGGAGUUCAUUUUGGUCAUGGUACUAAGAAAUGGAAUCCUAGAAUGGCCCCUUACAUCUCUGCAAAGCGUAAAGGUAUUCAUAUUACAAAUCUCACUGGAACUGCUCGUUUUUUAUCAGAAGCCUCUGAUUUAGUUUUUGAUGCGGCAAGUAAGGGAAGAACCUUCUUAAUUGUUGGUACCAAAAAUAAAGCAGCAGAUUCAGUAGCAUCGGCUGCAAUAAGAGCCCGGUGUCAUUAUGUUAAUAAAAAAUGGCUUGGUGGUAUGUUAACAAAUUGGUCUACUACGGAAACGAGACUUCAAAAGAUCAGGGAUUUAAGAGCAGAACAAAAGAUGGGUAAACUCAACCGUCUUCCCAAAAGAGAUGCGGCAAUAUUGAAGAGAAAAUUAUUUACCUUGCAAACAUAUCUCGGCGGUAUCAAAUAUAUGACGAGGUUGCCUGAUAUUGUGAUCAUCGUUGAUCAGCAAGAAGAAUAUACGGCUCUUCGAGAGUGUGUAAUUUUGGGUAUUCCGACGAUUUGUUUAAUCGAUACAAAUUGUGACCCGGAUCUCGCAGAUAUUUCGAUUCCAUCCAACGAUGAUGCUAUAGCUUCAAUCCGAUUGGUUCUUAACAAAUUAGUAUCCGCAAUUUGUGAGGGCCGCUCUAGCUAUAUAAGAAAUCCUUGA